AGUAGGCUUAGCCCUACCUAUCCGAAGCUCAGUAUCUUUAAUCAAAAGCUAGAUGUUGAUAAAUAAGGUCGAAAUUGAUUCCUCAUCAAGGAAACUAUCUUCUACGUCAAGCAUGGACUGAAGCAUCCCUCUGAGGGAAAGUAAGCAGAGUAUUGAUGAGGAAAGGGUCUGCCUACCUCCAAAAAGCCCUCCAGUGUCUAUUUUCAACUAUUCCUAUAAAAACAGAAAGAAGUUGAGAAAACCGGAAAAAGUGGUCCAAAAUGUUCCGAUUUCAGUAUCUCUUCAUAAAUUUGGCAACAUGCCUAACCUCCCUCAAAUAAGAAAGAGCCAGAACAGGAGAUCUGAGAAGAGGUGUAGCAGCCAGCAACAGAAACAAAAGCCUCAGGUUACUUCCUUUCAAAAUUCUCUGAAUAGCUCGAUUCUUCGUUUCUUUAGUAGAAUUCCAAAUUCAAGGCUACAAAAGAGAAACCUUAAAUUUUUGAACAGAUCUCUGAAUACAAAGCUUAACAAAUAAGCAGAAAUUGGUGGUAAAGGAAGUAUUUCGCCUGAAUGCACUUAGGUCUAUCUCUCCAUGUGCCUUAGAGACUGACGGAAUAGCUUCAAGGUUCAUAAAAUAGCAAACUCAAGUUUUUACUUUAAAAUUAC